AUGCAUGUUCCCUAUCUCUGUUUUCUUGGACUGAUUUUAUCUCGUGAGGAAGGCUAUGUUGAAAUUCAUGGGAUUAUUAUUCCAAAUCUUGACAUCUCCUCAAAGACUAUCAAUCCAACUCCAUCUGAAGGUGACUUGAUUAUUACAGAGAAGAUGCAAAAGUGGAUUAACAAACCCUAUGGUUGUGAAUCCUCUGACUCUGAAGAAGAAAAUGAUGAGGAUAAUAAAGAAGUGGAUGACGAGGAAAAAGACAUUGAUAAAGAUGAAGAAGAAUUAGUUGUUGAUAAUGGAAAAGAGUUUGCUCAGGGAAUAAACUCUCCUCCAAGCAUAAAUAAGCACAUAUGA